UUUAUUUAUUUAUUUAUAUAAUCCAUGGAAGUGUAGCAGCGAGAAGAGUACUGUAUCUGCCAAUGGCGGCGACAUCUCUUGGCACGCCGAGGCUCGGUUCUACGCUAUCUUCUCCGGCCAUCCAGACUCUCCGGAGCUAUAAGUUUCCUGUUCCUUUUCUCUCUUGCCCUCCCUCUUCCGAAUCUCGGACUUACACGAGGUUUUUUUAUUCCAUUGCGUCUCCUCAUCCUAACCGCCGCUUUGUCACUGCGAUUCGGGCGGACUCCGGUAACGGUGCAGACUCGACGCGGCAAUACGACUACGACCUAUUUACAAUCGGUGCUGGAAGCGGUGGUGUUAGAGCCUCUCGCUUCGCGGCCAAUUUUGGGGCUAAAGUUGCCGUGUGUGAGUUGCCAUUUGCUACCAUUUCUUCCGAGUCUGCCGGCGGCGUUGGUGGCACGUGUGUGCUCCGUGGAUGUGUACCAAAAAAGCUUCUUGUGUAUGCAUCAAAAUUUUCUCAUGAAUUUGAAGAGAGCCAUGGGUUUGGAUGGAGUUACGACACUGAACCAAAGCAUGAUUGGAGCACCUUGGUUGCUAAUAAGAAUGUCGAAUUACAGCGGCUGACUGGCAUUUACAAAAAUAUUCUGCAAAAAGCUGGUGUUACACUUAUAGAAGGCCGGGGGAAGAUUGUGGACCCGCAUACAGUGGAUGUAAAUGGAAAGCUCUAUUCAGCUAAAAAUAUUCUCAUUUCAGUUGGUGGUCGUCCUUUUAUUCCUGAUAUUCCUGGAAGUGAAUAUGUCAUAGAUUCGGAUAUGGCCCUUGAUUUACCUUCAAAACCUACCAAAAUUGCUAUAGUUGGCGGCGGUUACAUUGCUGUUGAGUUUGCUGGCAUCUUCAAUGGCUUGAAAAGCGACGUACAUAUCUUCAUACGGCAGAAAAAACUGUUGAGAGGUUUUGAUGAAGAGAUAAGGGACUUUGUUGGAGAACAAAUGUCGUUGAGGGGAAUAGAGUUCCACACUGAGGAGACUCCUCAAGCUAUAAUUAAGUCAUCGGACGGAUUGCUUUCUCUGAAAACGAACAAUGGAACUGUUGAUGGCUUUUCUCAUGUUAUGUUUGCUACAGGGCGCAAACCAAAUACAAAGAAUUUAGGUUUAGAAGCUGCUGGAGUGAGAUUAUCGAAAAAUGGAGCCAUAGAGGUUGACGAGUAUUCUCGCACUUCUGUACCCUCAAUUUGGGCAGUUGGAGAUGUCACCGAUCGAAUAAAUCUGACCCCAGUUGCUUUGAUGGAAGGAGGUGCAGUGGCGAAAACUCUUUUCGCAAACGAACCAACAAAACCAGACCAUGGUGCCGUCCCGUCUGCAGUGUUUUCUCAGCCACCUAUUGGUCAAGUCGGUCUCACCGAAGAACAGGCAAUUAAUGAAUACAGUGAUAUUGACGUUUACACAGCAAAUUUUCGACCUCUAAAGGCUACACUCUCCGGCCUCUCAGAUCGAGUGUUUAUGAAACUUAUUGUUUGCUCGAAGACAAACAAAGUUGUUGGUCUGCAUAUGUGUGGAGAAGAUUCGCCCGAAAUUAUUCAGGGAUUUGCAGUCGCGAUUAAAGGUGGCUUAUCGAAGGCAGACUUUGAUGCCACAAUCGGUAUCCACCCUACAGCAGCAGAGGAGCUCGUAACUAUGAGAACACCUACGAGGAAGAUCCGUAGCAGUUCUCCAUCAGAGGGAAAGGCAGAUUCUGAUAUCAAAACUGCUGCUGGUGUUUAGCGUUGCUGAUGAAGCGAAUAUUGCCGGAGAGAUCGACGUCGCCGUCGCCGGGAGAGUGUUGUGCAUGAUGAAUGGUACGAGGGAUGUAUAUGAUUUUAUUUAUAUAUAUAUA